AUGUUGUCAGCCGCAGCCAAAAUCCUCAAGCCCAAUAACGAACAACCCGAUGAGUUCGAGCAGUCUGUUGCUCAGGCAAUUCUUGAGCUGGAACUGAAUUCCGAUUUGAAAAACCAACUUCGAGAAUUACAGAUUUCUGCAGCUAAGGUUAGAUAUAUAUAUUGA